CAGUAUUUUGUCGUCUGCACAAAAUUGAUAGCAAAAUAUUACUAGAUUAGUUGACUAUUAUUAUAAGUAGUCCGGUAGGCGUAUUUUUUGUUAUUAUCGAACUAUUGUGUUAGCUUAGCAUCAUGGGUUUCCGUACGUUUUGAUAAAAUAAUGUUUUAUAUUUCAAUGAAAAUUUUAUUAGGAUUUUUCUGUGGAUAUGUUAUUACUUCCUUGGUUUUGUUCAAGAAGCCCACCUUGUUACACAAGAAAAAGAAACAACAUUUUGUUUGCAGACACAUCAGUCAUAGAGGAGGUGCUGGGGAGGCAUAUGAGAACACAGUAGUAGCUUUCCGCCGGGCGGUAGCUCUUGGAACUGACAUGUUAGAGUUGGACUGUCACCUGACUAGAGAUAAUCAGGUGGUCGUCUCCCAUGAUCACAGUCUACUGCGAGCCACCGGCGUCAACAAGAAGAUCGCUGAUUUGGACUACAAGGACUUGCCUCCUCUGCAGCAGACCAUUCCGAUAGACUUUGACCCAGGAGAACCCUACAAAGGUUCCGGGAAUGAAGAGGAGCGUAGGAUACCACUGCUCAGCGAUGUGUUUCGGGAAUUCCCCAAGAUUCCGAUCAACAUUGAUAUCAAAGUGAAUGACAGCCGGUUGAUAGAGGAGGUGGAUUCUCUAGUGAGGCGUUACGACAGGGAGCACCUCACUGUGUGGGGCAACUUCAGCAAUAAAGUCACCACCAAGUGUUACGCACAGAACCCCAACAUUGGGUUGUUGUUCUCGAUGCGACGGGUGGUCUCUUUGCUGCUACUGUUCUACACAGGGUUGCUGCCCUUUGUACCCAUCAAGGAGUCCUUCCUUGAGAUCUUCUUGCCUUCCAUAUUCCUUCGGAUGAAUUUAGACGUCAUGAAUAUUUAUCAUUUCCGUCUGGAGAAAGAGCCUAAUUCAGAUGGGCUGCUACCAUUCCCCUCAAUCCUUCUGCGCCUCAUGGACACCCUCCUCAUCAGGAGAGCACUGUUCAACCACCUCCAUGAGCGAGGCAUUCAGGUCUACAUCUGGGUUCUCAACCAUGAUGAGGAAUAUGAGAGAGCAUUCCAGCUGGGUGCCACUGGAGUGAUGACAGACUACCCCUCCAGACUCCGCGAUUUCCUGGACAACAAUCCCCAGUAUCUGGUCAAUGAUAACACGUGUGACGAAAAUGAAUUACUUGUCAAGAAACAUUUGUAACACUCAGUUAUAGUAUAAUAUCAUUGUUUUGUGGUAAUCAAUACAACCAUAAUUAAAAAUAAAAAUAUUAAAUUGUGUUUUAAUUUAUAAGGCUCAUUUUAUUUUAGUUGAGAUCUUGUUUGAUGAUCAUUAAUUAAACCAGUACAUCUGUCUAAACCUUGAAGCCAUAAUAUACAUACUUGUGCAUAUUUGUAUGUAUAAAUAUUACUACAUACAUAUGUCAGCUGAUUCUGUUUAAUCUUUAGUGAGAAAGUUGUCCUUGAAAUAUCCUCAAUAAAUGCUUUAAUGUAUAACUUUAUCAAAUAAUUAGAGAGAGAUGAUUGGGUCUGAAAAAUAUUUAUGAAACAUCAAAUGAAAGUUAUUUGAUUAAACUGCAAAAAAACAGCUUUGUUUAGUACUGGAAUAAAAUAUUAGAAAUGUACAUUUUUGUAAUUUAUUUGAGGCAAAAAAAGAAAAGAGCCUUUAAAGACUUUUUGGGCAGCUGAUUUAAGGAAACAUGGAAACGUGGCUUGUAUGUCAUCUAAAGAUAUUUUUCUUUCAGCUUAAAUGUUGUACUUUGCAUGUAAUAAACAAGUAUAGACAUAAUUCAGACAAAGUUCCUUUUCAAUAAUAGGCCCACAUGUUUGCACCUUGAAAAAGACCAAUUUGGUUAUGCAAAUGAAGUGCACUGUUUUUUUUUAAUCCUGUUGGCAUAUCCGCUUUGAAAAAAUGACUGGAAUUUUAUUUUGUAUUCAUACUUUGUUUCAUAAAAUCCAGAGUGUUAAAAAAUAGAAUUAACCUUUUUAGGAUGAGCAGGCUAUUUGUAGCCUGCAAAGUUUGUUGUCAAAGAAUACGAUGCGGACUAGUCUUGCCGAAAGAGACAAGCGGUAUAGUCAUAGCUUGCUUUUUGUUAUAAUGUUUAUGAGUUGUGAAACAUUGCAGAAUCAUGAUUUUCUAUACUAACGAAUUUCCUAUGACCUUUCUAAAAAUAUUUAUGUAGUCAUAUUGAACCAGUUAAAUAAUCUACAUCUUUUUCACACCACGUAACAUUUGUCGCAUAACGUCACUCCAGCUGUGUCCUCAUACAGGCAAUUGUGUUGUGUAUCUUGUGUAAUUUUGUGUUUUUUUUAAUCCUUGUUUACCAACUAAUCAACAUAAAAUGUUGUACUCAAUAGAAAAUAAAGUAAGAAACUGUAAAAUAUUGUUUCGUACAGAAAAUUAUGUUUAUUACGUAAAUUAUGUUAAGUUAUGUUCUUACAGUAUAUUAACGGUAAACAAAACAACUAAAACAAAAUUAUAGUAUAAUUAAGUUUAUGUAUAUAUUUUAAAUUUGGUACCUAAUCAAUUAUUAUUAAAUAAUGUAAUAAUGUAUUUUUAUAGUGAAUGCUAGUAAUAGGAUAAAAAGUUAUAUGUGUAUCCUUUGUAAUACUAUACUUAUAAUGUAUUUAUAAAACAUUUACAUUUUUCCUAUUUUUACCUUCUCUUCUUCAGGACACCCUUCAGAAAAUGUAAUCACUUCAUCAAAAAUAUGUAACACAAAACAUUAAAAAAGUCAUUGUCCUUAAAGGGUUAAAUUUAUUGUAUGAGCUCAAGUCAACUGUAAUUUUUAGUCAACAACCAGUUCCUCCGAUUAUAAGAGCAUAUCUAUUUUCUAUUCACCUGUUACAAAUUUAAUUUAAUUUUGUAAGUGACGAAAAAUAAUGCAAAUGUAACUAUAUCAAGAUUAUGGAUUUGUUCGACCACCGACGAUAAGAAUUUGUUUAAUUAUAUGAUUGUUUGUGAGUAAAAAGCAUCACAUGUACAAAGUUAAGACUGCAUCAUUUUUCCUAAGUAUGACUAGUCCUUCCUUAGUUACAGCUUUUAAAGCAUUAGGUUUAGUUUAGUUAGGAAGUGUUCAGUUAGCUUUAAGUUCUCACAUUCCACAUAAAAUGUAGUCUUAACUAAUAUGAUUGCUCAAAUGCAAGUUUAUUUUUAAUUGCUUUUUACUAGUCUCUGAAAUUUGUUGUCUGAUGUUGAUUAAUAAAAUAAUGGUUUUAUUAGCUAAUAUGGAUGUUAUUUUCUCCUCUUAGAAGGAAUAAUGUUUGGUAGUUAAUUGUAAUGCAGUAUAAAUUAAACAAUAGUAUGAAUGAAAUACUUAACUGAAUUAAAAUUGAAAACUUUCUUCACUCGCUUAGUUUUAGUUUAAUUUAUUUUAUGUAGUUAAGGUAUAGUCAUUAGAAAAAGAGAUAGUAUAAAAUUUUAAUCUGUGAACACACUUUCUGAAAAGUGUAACAAGCUUUUUGCAAAUUACCAUAAAAAUUAAAAUGGACAUUCGGAAAACCAUAACUGCUUCCUUGAUCCUGUUUUCCUCAAGCUGCUAUGAGCAUUUUACAUUCUUCCAAAAAAUGAGAAAAUAGGUGUUUCCAAUAUUUACAGCUGAUGAUCUGGAGCAACAUAUAUUUUUUUACAAUAGUCCGUUUACACCUGUCCUUUGUAUGUGAAUAUUUUUUCUAACAAUUGUGAGACUUAUCCAUCUCAUGUAAUUGUAACAGCAUUAUUUGUUAUAUUUAAACAUCCGGAUAGGCUUGGAUUGAUGUUAGUUUAGAUUUGUAUCUUAUAUAAAGUAAAAAUUGAAAAAAUGUUAUCUUAUAAGACUCAGUUCAUUUUUAUAUCACUAAGUCACAGAUUUUGUAUACUACUCAUUGUAAAAAUUAAGUGGAUUUUCAACUUAAUGGUUGAAUAAAAAUGAUUAGAACUAAAUAGAUGGUUCCAUUUAUUAAUAGAAUCAGAUAUAAAUCUAGCAGUUUUCGAUAUCAUUUCUGUAUUGAAUAAAAAUGUGAGUUUUGUAUUAUAGUAGUUAGAAUUGAAUGUAAUGUGAGUGUUAAGUAUUUAUGUGUGAUGUUUCCAUUCUUUCCGAACCACUUGAAAUUGAUGUUUUCCAUAGUUGACUAAGUACAUCCUGUUUUAGGUAGUUUUGUUAAUUUUUUAACGUAAAAAAGUCUUUACUUGCACUAAUGACACAGUCUAACAGUAAGCAGUUGCAUUACUUCAUUUGAAAUCAAGUUUUUUCAUGAUUCCAUUGUUCUUAGAAGUACCCCAUAUUGUUUGCCGGUUACCCUACUAUGCUACGUUUCUGUCGUGGCGAUUGGAAAAUUACUGUAGAGGCAUUAUUAAAUAAAAGUGUGUUAUUAUUAUAGUCAUUAAUGAUAUUAACUAUUUUAUGACCAUCCAAAUGGUAUGUCUAGACUGAGAAUGGUUUAAUCUAAACCUCUGUGAGAAAGUAAAAUUUGUGCUGUUGGCUGCACUUACUUUCAUGUCUAACAACCGCAAUGCUUGUUUAGGUUGCAACUGACACUAGAUAGCUAUCUAACGUUAUGUUGAGUUUGUUUACGUUGUUGUUGGUGAGUGUGCAUUUAUUGAUAUUUCAAAAUUACUAAAAAAACAGAUGAGCUCGAUGUCUAUUUUGACAAUUUUUAAUAUAAAUAACUUGCAAACUCUAACAACUAACCCAUACGCAUUCAGACUUUAAUUUAUUAAAGAUAUUUUACAAAUUCAUAACAUAAAAAUAAUUUGUGCAUAAGGCAAAAUGUGUAUUUAAAAAAAAAUUUUUAAGUAAUGGCUGUUUUAAAUCCCGGCAUUCUUUUCCGAAGACCCUGUAAUGUUGCUGUGUGUUUUAUACUAACUAAUUAAAAUAAAAUUGUACUUUCUGUCUUCCAUGACACUACUAGGUAUUGAGCCUAUUCUUAAAAAAUAUAAUAUAUGUAAAGAAGUCCUGCACGGGCUUGACAAUUCCCAGACGAUUACAGGGAAAGCAAUAAAACUUGGUACAUCAUUACUACACCUAUAAAUCUACUUUUUGAAGUAACUUAAAAUUUGUUGUUAUGUCAGCGGGAUCUCCUGCAAGGAGUCGGAAGGAAAUUUUAAUUAGAGCAUAGGUCAAGUAGUACACCAAAUUAAAGGUAGUAGAGUACAAUGCCGCAAAUCUGACCUAAAAAGAUUCACUCUUUAAAGAAUUAUGCGCGUUUAAAGUUUAAAACCUUUAAAUUUUAGGUCCUUUUCUAGAUGGUUUAAUAUUUUUGUUUUGGCUUAAGUUGUGAAAGUUAAACUUAGUAAAUGAAUAUUGGACUUACAAAAUAGUUUGUCAUUAUUGACUCCUCACAUCUAAUCGAAGAUGGUCUACAAAGAGUUGAGCAAAAAAUUUUAACUUAAGCAUAGCCCAAGUUUAAAUUUUUAUAAUGUACAUUAUUUUAAAAUGUAAUGUAAAAUGUAAAGGGUUGUUUAGCAGAGAUGAAUGAUAAUGUGAAAAUCCAGGUAUCAGUUAUUAUAAUGUAAAUUUCUUAUUUUUAAGUCGGCUUUUGGACUUUACUCAAUGUACAUUUUACAUUACACUUUAAAACAAUGCACAUCUUGAGCUAUGCUUACGUAAAUUUUUUUGGCUGAACUCCUUGUAGACCAUCCACCAUUGGAUGUGAAGAGUCACCAACUACCUUAAAAACUAUUUCUUAAGUCCAGUAUUCGUUUACUAACUUUAAUUGUCACAACUUUAGUCAAAACAAAAAUAUUUAACCAUCUAGAAUGGAACCUACAUUGUAAAUGUUUCAAACUUUAAACCAGUGUAAUUUUUUAAAGUGAACCUUUUCAGGUCGGAUUUGCAGCAUUUUACCCUACUAAUAGAGACCUUUAAUUUGAUAUACCUAAUACUCUAAUUUAAGAUUUCCUUCUAACUCCUUUCGGGUCAUCCCCCUCACAUGGCAAAAAAUGGUAGUUACUUCAAAAAGUAGAUUUAUAGGUGCAGUAAUGGUGUACCAAAUUUUAUUGCUUUACCUAUAAUUGUUCGGGAAUUAUCAAGUCUGUGCCUGUGUAUAAUUUUAUAAUUAUACACAGGUACUCAACUCAUGCCACGAUAACUUUGUGGCAUGAGUCCAGUAUUGAAUUAUUGAACAAAGUUCCAAAACUUGAAAAAAGUUAAGAUCUAUCUUGCAGCUCAGAGGAUGGUGCAGUAAUGUUGUAGAUAAUGGACAGCCCAGACAAUCCAAUUAGAUCAGUAAAAAACUGUUGAAAUAAGUUCUGCAAAAUAGAACAGUCUGGCGAAAUCCGGUGGGGUUCUCAACUGAAGUGUACAAUGAGUCAUUGGUGAGCUAUGUAACAGUGUACGUGUUAGAGCAUGAUUGACCUAUGACAACAGCUGAUAAUAUACUGUAAUAGUAGUGAUGAAGUCUGGUUGGACAUGUGCAGCACGUAGCCUCAGUGUAGGUAUGGAACUGUAAUUAUGUUAGACUGUGACAAUUAUUAACCCUCUAACAGUGGUCUUAGAAUGAAAUUUACGUUGCCAAACUAUGCAGCAUAACUUAUAAUAACAUGUGUGAAAACAAAACAACUCGAGGCAAUCAUGUGAGUGUAGCAACAAAAGUCAUUUGUUAAAGAAAACAUAUGAUUUUUCGUAAUAUAUCUUUUUCCUCUCUUAAAACAUGUUAAAACUCCCCGUCUAUUUUCUCAUGCACAUGUAUGUGAGUUUAUGUAAAGUUUGAAGUCCUACUUCUUGAUUAAGAAUAAAUAUUUUACUUGAACUAUAAAAAAACUGCUGAUGUUCAAAUCAUUAACCUGCAUUUACUCGUGUGGUAACCCUAUGAAUAAGAAGUGUAGUAGUUCAUUCAGAUGAAAAUUAAACUAUUUUUGGAAAAUUAUAUUAUUAGCGUGAAAACGAACAUUUCAGUAUUUUUGCAUUUGUGUAACAUAUACUCAUACAUUGUAAUAAUGUGUUUAUUUCUAUGAGUGAUUUAUUUAAUUAAGUAUUAUUUUUACUUAAUCAUAUGUAAUUAUAUAAAGGUAUCUUGGUAGGUUUAACAAAACUUUUUGUAUAUCCAGCUUUAUUUAAAUGAGCAUUUAUCAAUCCUUGUCAGUUGCAGUACUCAAAUUUAUAAAAAUUUUUCCUUCAUUACAGUUCAACUAUAAAUAGAACCAUUGUACAUCAUUCCUUCAGAAAAUCAUUAUGUAAGUGUAUUUCGGCUUCAGCACAAAACUUCAAUAUUACAAAAAAGUAUGUAACUUAAAUAAUUUUUAUUUUACUGUGCAACUGAAUGAGGGUUCAGCUCAAUUGGUAAAGAAUGUAAUAGAAGUAUACAUAUACAUGUAUUCGUAUUGCUCUGAAUCGUAAUAUCAUUGCUGGAUUGUUAUAACCUCCAAUACCGUUUCAGAAAAGUUAAUCUUCCAAACCUGUAUUAUAUUUUGAUUGUUUUAACAAAGAUUGUCAUCAUAUUAUUAAAUAUAUCCUUCCGUCUAAAUAUUUAGUCUUCCUUCCAAAUCACUUUUUGUAAGAUCACUCCAAUAUAUUUAACCCUUGAGUGAGUUAGGUGCAUAAGAAAUUAAAUGCUGUAGUUUUCUAAGUACUAAUUCAUAGAGUAGAUUUCUGUUUAAAGUUAGACUACUUGUAUAUAAUGUAUGUAUCAUUAUGAAUAAAUGCAAUUUUUGUGUAAA